AUGUAUAGUCGGAACAGAAACGAACGAUCAAGAUCGCCUGACCAAAAAAUCAAGCUUCAUGUCACCAAUUUACCUGUACAAUUUCCUCAAGGUCAGCUUAUCACACUUUUUUCAAAUUACGGACCUGUAGGUAAAGUCCGAGUAAUACGAAAUGGUCCCAAAGGUUUUCCCCUCAGACAGCACUGCUAUGCCUUCAUCGAAAUGGAGAAUCUUGCAGACGCACAAAAAGCAGUUGAAGAUCUGAAUACAAGAGGCUGGGAAGUUGCCUUAAGCAAAGAUUCAAAAAACGCAUUGUCAAGGUCCACAGAAAUUAUGUGGCCAGGCUGUUUAACACGCUGCAGUAGCCUUACUCUCUCAGUCAAUAAAAAAAGCUAUAGUUUUUUGGGUUAUAAUGGCAAAUUUAUAAAAUAAAAAAAUAUUAUCAGUUAUAUCUCAAUGACCAAAAAAUGUUUUUUUUGAUGGAAAAAGUUAGAGUGAAUGUUCGUGCCAAAGUUAUCAAAGGACUUGUGCAUAGCUUCUUGAAGUCCAGAUAUCAAAUUGACAUUAAUCACAGAGCAAGACCAGCAGACCUUCCUAGUUAUCCUCCAAAAUUCAUUAUUACUAUAGAAGCAGCUGAAGAGGAUGAAAGGACAGCUUUCAUGGAGCAUAUUCACUAUUUCCAAAGAAAAGACCGUGUAGGGGUCGCUUCCUUUGAAGGAGAAACUUUGUUUAUAAUUCCCCCUGGAGAAAAAGCUGAAGGAAUUUAUGAAAAAAUGAGGCUUGACCAAAUGCUAGGAGGCAUGUGGGGAGAAAAAGAAGAGACGCCAAGACUUGUACCUCAGCUGAGGGCUAUACAAGGCGUUGAUGAGAUUUUCAAGCCUGAAAAUACAUUUGCUAUUGCUCCAGCUCCUUAG